CUUCCUCUCCCUCCCGGCCCGGCCGCCCGGUGCCGGAGGAGGCGGGCGGAGCGGAGCGGAGCGGGGCGGGCCGGGCCCGUUCGCAUCCCCAUCCCCAUCCCCGCCCCGCGGCGGGAGCGCCGGGCUGAGCAGCGCUGCCAGACACCGCCAGCCCCGGAACCGCCGGGCUGAGCAGCUCUGUCCGGAACCGCCGGGCUGAGCAGCUCUGUCCGGAACCACCGGGCUGAGCCACCCUCCAGGGCAUCGCCAGCCCCGGAGCCGCCGGGCUGAGCAGUUCUGCCCGGUACCGCCAAACCCGGAACCGCCGGGCUGAGCAGCUCUCCCGGUACCGCCAGCCCCGGAACAGCCGGGCUGAGCAGUUCUGCCCGGUACCGCCAGCCCCGGAGCCGCCGGGCUGAGCAGCUCUCCCGGUACCGCCAGCCCCGGAACCGCCGGGCUGAGCAGCUCUCCCGGUACCGCCAGCCCCGGAGCCGCCGCCGGAGCGCCCCGGCCGGUCCCGCCGAUGGCACCGCGCUGCUGCCGCCAAGCUGACCAGGUGCCCUGAAGCUCUGGGCUGGCUUCUCCCAGGCUCAGCAGGAUGAUGGCAGCAGCGCCAGAGCCAGCCCUGCCCCUCGCCCUGCCGAUGUGACCGAGCUCUGCUGGGACCUGUGGCACUGAGGCUGGCACAGAGGCAGUGGCUGGUGGCCCCUGCAGUGUCCCUGCUGCCCAAAGAUGAGUGAUGGCACGUGGAUCUCGCUCAGCCCCACGGAGUUUGCCCAGCUCCAGCAGUACACAGACUACUCCAGCAAGAAGCUGAAGGAUGUUCUGGAGGAGUUCCACGGGGACGGUGUCCUCUCGAGGUACAACCCCGAACAGCCCAUCGACUACGAGGGCUUCUGCCUCUUCAUGAAGACCUACCUGGAGGCUGACGUGCCUGAGGAGCUCUGCCAGCACCUCUUCACUUCCUUCAAGCGUAAGAUCUGCCCAGCCUCCCCCGAGAGCCAGCAGCAGAGCCCUGGAGUGUCCCAGCCCAGCGCCCUGGGGAUCAAUGGGAAAACCCUUCGAAGUGCUCUGGGACGACACACUCCAGAGCCCAAGGGCAGCACAGCUGAGCCCCAGCCAGCAUCCCUCACCCUGGCAUCCAUCCCCAAUGCCUCCCCCAGCUGGUCCAGAUCAUCCUCCCAGAAAUCCACCACUGGCACCACCUCUGCUCACAACUCCUCGGGCUCUUCCAAGAUCUCCUCCGUGUCUCUGCUCAACCCUCAGUCACCAGGCACGAGGAGCGUGGAGAAGAGGCUGCCCUUCAGCCUGAGGAAAGGCUCCAGCUCCCUGAAGGCCACCCCUCCUCCUCCUCCCACCCCCGUGGCCCAGGUGGUGCACCUGAAGGACAUUGUCUGCUACCUGUCCCUGCUGGAGAGGGGACGAGCAGAGGACAAGCUGGAGUUUAUGUUUCGCCUCUACGACACCGAUGGAAAUGGGCUCCUGGACAGCUCGGAGCUGGAUCGUAUCAUCAACCAGAUGGUGCACGUGGCUGAGUACCUAGAGUGGGACUCCACCGAGCUGAAGCCUAUCCUGAAGGCCAUGAUGGAGGAGAUAGACUACAACCACGAUGGCACUGUGACCCUGGAGGAGUGGAUCCGGGGUGGCAUGACCACCAUCCCCUUGCUGGUCCUGCUGGGCAUGGAGACAAACGUGAAGGAUGAUGGGCAGCACGCCUGGAGGCUGAAGCACUUCAAGAAACCUGCCUACUGCAACUUCUGCCGCACCAUGCUGCUGGGGGUGCGCAAGCAGGGCCUCUGCUGCUCCUUCUGCAAGUACACAGUCCAUGAGAGGUGUGUGUCCAAAGACAUUGCUUCCUGCAUCAGCACCUACGUUAAAUCCAAGAAAAACACAACUGUGAUGCAGCACACCUGGAUCGAGGGCAACUCGCCUGCCAAGUGUGACAGAUGUCACAAGAGCAUCAAGUGCUACCAGGGCAUCACUGGCCUGCACUGUGUCUGGUGCCAGAUCACGCUCCACAACAAGUGUGCCUCCCAUGUGAAGCCAGAGUGUGAUGGGGGCCCGCUGCGGGACCACAUCUUGCUGCCAUCCUACAUCUGCCCAGUCGUCCUGGACAGGCAGUCCCACUGCCGGCGCUCCGAGAGCGACUCCCCUGCCAGCACCAGCCCCGAGGACAGCCAGGCCUUCAAGUUCAACUCCACCACAGUGGAUGGCCAAGGGCUGCAGAUCAGCCCUCAGCCCGGGACGCACCCGCUGCUCGUGUUUGUGAACCCCAAGAGUGGAGGAAGGCAAGGGGAGCGGGUGCUCCGGAAAUUUCACUACCUGCUCAACCCACGCCAAGUGUACAACCUGGACCGUGGCGGGCCCACGCCAGGGCUGAACUUCUUUCGGGACACCCCAGAUUUCCGUGUGCUGGCCUGUGGAGGGGAUGGCACCGUGGGAUGGAUCCUGGACUGCAUAGAUAAGGCAAACCUGGUGAAGCACCCGCCGGUGGCCGUGCUGCCCCUGGGCACGGGCAAUGACCUCGCUCGGUGCCUGCGCUGGGGAGGAGGCUAUGAAGGAGGCAACCUGAUGAAGGUGCUGAAGGACAUAGAGCACAGCACAGAGGUGAUGCUGGACCGCUGGCACAUCGACAUCAUUCCCACUGACAGGGAGGCCAACGGGGAUCCUGUCCCAUCCUCCAUCAUCAACAACUACUUCUCCAUUGGGGUGGACGCCUCCAUCGCCCACCGCUUCCACAUCAUGAGAGAAAAGCACCCCGAGAAAUUCAACAGCAGGAUGAAGAACAAGCUGUGGUACUUCGAGUUUGGGACCUCAGAGACCUUUGCAGCCACCUGCAAGAAGCUCCAUGACCAUGUUGAGGUUGAGUGUGAUGGGACCCUGCUGGACCUGAGCACCACAUCCCUGGAGGGCAUUGCUGUGCUCAACAUCCCCAGCAUGUACGGGGGCUCCAACCUCUGGGGAGAGACCAAGAAGCAGCGUGGCUACAGCAGGCUGGGCAAGAAGGGGCCAGAGAAGGUGCCAGGCACGGUGGUCACCGACGCCAAGGAGCUGAAAUUCUGUGUGCAGGACCUCAGCGAUCAUCUCCUGGAGGUGGUGGGGCUGGAAGGCGCCAUGGAAAUGGGGCAGAUCUACACGGGGCUGAAGAGCGCGGGGAAGAGGCUGGCCCAGUGCUCCUCCGUCAUCAUCAGGACGUCCAAGCUGCUGCCCAUGCAGGUGGAUGGGGAGCCCUGGAUGCAGCCGUCCUGCACCGUGAAAAUUACCCACAAAAGCCAGGUGCCCAUGCUGCUGGGGCCCCCCCAGAAGAGCAGCUUCUUCUUCCUGAAGAGGAGGAACCGAACUCGGGAUUAAAGCCUAACCCAAGGAUCCACAGCCUGGAGCACUCAGCAUCCCAGCAUCCCACCUGGGAAUUAUUUAUCCUGGGAAGGUCUUGUGGGCUCCUUCCUGACCACCAGGAGCAUCCUCUCGAGCUGGGAUGGAAGAAGGGGGAGAAGGCAGGCUGGAGCAGUGAGCACAUUUGCUGGAGCAGCACUAGGACUGGGAUUUUAUUUUUUUUCCCCCUUUAUUUAAAUUCCCUCCAGCCAAGCUGCCAGUGAAUGUGCUCCUGAGGCAGCACUGAGCUCCAUUUAUUUAUUUAUCCUCCUCCUGAAGACCACUUGAUGUCUCAGUGCAGUGGCUUUGUCCCCCAGUCCAUGCAAUGGGAGGAAUUAUUUAUUUCUUUAGCCCAGAGGAGCCAUCUCAGGCUGAGAGAGAUGCAAGAACCAUUGCUGCCAGCCCAGUGGGACAGGCUGGGGACAGACAGUGCACAGGGACAAGCCUGGGCUGGAUGGCAGGAGAUUGUGUUUUUACAGGGAAAUGGCAAAAAAAAGGGAAUUCUGGGGGAAGCAGCCCCAGCUCUGGGCUUUGUGUUUAUAUUUAUGUAUUUAUUUAGCAAACUUUGGACAAAAAAGGGACUCUGGGGGUCACCUCUAUAGGAGCCCAGAUUGGACACAGACAGCACCUCCUUCUCUGCUGGACUUUUCCUCUCUCCUAAAUCCUGCCAGCCUGUCCUGGGGGCUGGAGACCAGAAACUCUUCUCCCUUGAAGGUGUCCCCAGCACCUUUUACACAUGUCCCAGUGUGCUCUGCCAGGCUGGUGCUGCCCCUGGGCUGCAGGCAGUGGGGCAGGUGCUUGCAGCUCCCUUUCUGUAGGGCCAGCUCUCCCCACAGCCCUCUCCAAACCCAAGAAGCCUCACAGAUGGUGGCAGCUGGGGGUGCACAUGCAGGUUUUGGUGGCAUCACCCCUGCAUGGACAGAGCAGGGGAUGCAGUUUCUCUCCAGGGACCAAAAAGCAGAUGGAUGCAAGGAGUUUGUGGUGGUCUGAAUGCACUCCCAGGGGCCAGGAGCUGGCAAGGCUGCCCAUGGGAAGGGGCCAGCAGUCACCCAGUGCCUCCAGCAGUGGGCCUGCAUGCAGGAUGCAGCCACAUCCUGAGUUAAACCUGCUCCCUUGGGCUGGUGGAGGCUCCUGCACUGCUGGGAGCAGGAAAACUCCUGCUUGUCCCCACUCUGUCCCUGCUCCAGGGCUGGGACAAGCCCCCCUGUCCUCCCAGUGCCCACUCAGCCCCUGCUGAUGCUGCAGGUCCCCCUUCAGCAGCAUUGUCCUGGCAGAGGGUGCUGCCAGCACUGCUCCAGAGUGGCUGGGAGGGACCUGCUGGUGACCUGUGCACAGGCAGUGUCACCACAGUGCAUCAAUCCACUGUUGUUCUCCUUCUUCUCCAUCUUCUUCUCCACCUCCUUCUCCUUCUCGUCCUUCUUCUCCUUCUUCUCCCUCUUCUCCUUCUUCUCCUUCUCCUUCUUCUCCUCCUCCUCCUCCUCCCUGUCCCCCAGGGCAGCUGUUUAGGAGUUUCCAGGUGAAAGCAGAUGGAGCAAGGCCAGACAAAGCCCAGCUGCCUCCAUCCCCCAGCCCCUUGCCAAGGGCAGCAGUGCCUCACAGCCCCACACUUGGGGAGGGUGACAAAACCACCUCAGCCACCUCCAGAGCUCUGCCAGCAGGAGGGUGACAGUCUGGGGGGAUGGCAGCACACAAGGUCAGCAGGUUUGGUUCUGUUUCCCUGCCCUCAGGGCAGGGUUUCAUCCCAGGUGAGGAAUCAGCAGUGCAGGGGCACUCAGCUGUGGUUUCCCUGCCCCUUGCCCCCGUCACAGUUUGCUGGGCUCUGGGCAAAGAGCAGCACUGGGGGCUCUGCUGAGCUUUGCUGUGUCUGUGGUGGCAGAGCUGGGGCAGCAGGAGGGCACUGAGCCUGUCCCUGCUCCCUUGGCCUGGAACCCAGGGCUGAGCACCCAGCCACGUCCUGCAGGGCACAGGGAGCCCAGGGCCACCCCUCUGGGCCGUGGCACAGUGACACACCAGCAGCAGCGCUCUGCCAGGCUCCAACGGUGGCCAGGGAGGUGAUCCCUGCCCCAGGGGCUCCAUCUGCUCCCACACUGCCAAAGGCAUGGCCCAGCAGGCCUGCCAGCCCCCACCUCCUCACCCUGGUGGUGCCAAGGUCCCGAGCCCAGCAGGACCCGCAGGGGCUGGGCUCCAUCCCAGCUGUCCCUGGUGCAGGGAGGAUGAAGCCAUUGCAGCUGGGGGGCACCCGAGGCCUUCACCCCCCCGUUCCCCAGUGCCUCCCAGUUCAGCCCAGCUCCCAAGGGCGUGGGGUGGAACCAAACCCCCAGAGGAGCCCCUGGGCACUGGGGAGCCCCAGCUGGAGCCCCAGGGGCUCAGCCCAGUCCCUGUGUGUGUGUGUGUGUGUGUGUGUCCCGUGGUGGUGCGUGGAGUGGUGUCCGUCGCGCGUCCUGCCGUGUGGCCCCGGGUGCUGUGGCCUUGCCUCCAAUAAAGAUGAUCAUGAA